GAACAGUUCUGUCUGAAGAAAGAGGGACACUGAUCUUUGAAAAUAAUAAUAGACAAAACAUUGAAGAAGUAGCCUUUUAAAACCGACAGUAACAGAUCACUAAUUAAAGAUUAAUAAUACCUCACUUUGGAAUCAUGGAGUCGUCGAGCAGGCUGUCUCUUGUGGCGGCCUUUGAUGACUUGGUCAGAAAUACCACUGUACUGACUAGUGGAAUUGAAGGAGAGUUUAUAACUUUUGCGAGAAAUCAAGAAGAAUGUCGCAAGAAGUGGCUGGAGGCAGAACAACACUCUAAGAAGCUGCAUGAUAAAAUCAGAAAGUUGGAGACAGAGACCAAUGCCCUGGAGACAAAGCUCAAACAUGCCAGGAGCCAGAUAGAACAUGAAAUGAAGAAAAGAACCAAAGCAGAAUCUGACAGGGACAGUUUGGAGCGGCAGGUUGCCCUGAUCAGAGAGUUGCUGAAUGACAAGAAGAGUUCCAACAUGCUGAAUGACCAGGAUCGCGAGAAACUUGCAUUCCUCAGCACGUGCCAGGGCUCCCACAUAGAGGGUAGUCCAAGCAGAAGACUUGAAACCAUCAAUGAAUCCUCGGGCUCCGUCCUCUCUCCCUCCGACAUCAGCUAUGACAAAACAGAGGAGGACCUGGACAUCUCCUACCUCCGCAGCGGGAGGAAAUUCAAGCGUGCAUCAGCGCCACCUAUUGAGGAGGAGCACCGCCAGCACACCAAGCGCAAGAAGAGUUCCCAUGGAGGCCGUGCAGACACGUCCAUCACUGCCACUAUUCGCGUGGAUCCGAGAGGCGAUCAUGCCACGUGUGAGGUGACCAGCAACCUCCCCAAGCACAAGACAGAGACGAGAGUGUUGAGGAAGUCAUUCUCUGAGAACCAGUUGAGAUUUGAUGAAGUGGACUCUGAUGGGGAAUCAUAUUAUGGUAGAAAACCCAACAGUGCUGAGAACACACCCAGAACACCAGCGGCCAGGGGGUCUCCAGCACUGCGCACCUUCAACUCUGGCAGCAAACCUUUCGGGAACCGAGGCCACUCUUUUGCCACCAAGACAUUUGUGAAGCCAGAGACCUGCACACCAUGUGGAAAAAGGAUUAUGUUUGGAAAGCCUGGUCUGAAGUGCAAAGAUUGUCGGUGUGUGUGUCACCCAGACUGUAAGGAGCAGAUGCCAUUGCCUUGUGUUCCCGUAGGCUCUGGAACUCCUGGAAACAAGACUCGCGGGCAAGGUAUCAUCUCGGACUUCACUCCAUCCGAACCUCCCAUGAUCCCUGGAAUAUUGAUUCACUGCAUCAAUGAGAUUGAGUCCCGUGGACUGUCUGAAGUUGGCAUCUACAGAGUGCCAGGGUCUGAGAAAGAAGUUAAAGAUCUGAAGGAGAAGUUCUUGAGAGGAAAGGGAACUCCAAACUUGGGUAACAUCAAUGACAUCCACACUGUUUGUGGCUGUGUUAAGGACUUCCUGAGGCAGCUCAAGGAGCCACUGCUGACCUUCAGACUGUGGAGUGACUUUGUGAAAGCUGCAGAAAUGAAUGACCUGGAGGAACAGCUGAGUGGCACAUACCAAGCCAUCAGCAUGUUGCCACAGUCUAACAGGGACACCCUGGCUUUCCUGAUCCUACAUCUACAGAGAGUGUCGGAGUGCCUAGAGUGCAAGAUGCCAGCCAGCAACUUGGCUAAAGUCUUUGGACCCACUGUAGUCGGCUACUCCACCCCUGAGCCUGAGCCCAUGCAGAUGAUCAAUGAGACUAAGAAGCAGGCCAAGGUAAUGGAGGUGCUGCUCCAGAUCUCCUCAGACUACUGGGUCAACUUCAUCCAGGCGGACGAUGAACCUAUGUGCCCAGGGCUACUCAGGACCCCCCAGACCCCUGACCCAGUUCCUCACAGUAUGCUGGGGCCCAUAUCGACCACCCCUGGGGUGAAUGAAUCCGUCAAGAAGAAGUCCUUCUUUACACCAAGAUUCGGCAGCAAGAGUAAGACCUUGAACAAGCGCCAAGCUAAUUUCUUCUCCUCGCCAAUGCUGAAGUAAAAGUAUGUACAGUCAGAAGAACCAUUGGAAGCAUAAUGGGAACGAAUGUUAUCAGAAAAGUAAAUGGUGUAUCUGGCAGCAGGAAAACGGUUUUUGUUAGAGAUCCUGUAUUUCACAGUGUACAAACUCUUAACUUUGUUGGGGAUCAUUUCAAAGAAUAUUCCUACCAUAGUCUUUGUGUCAACUGCUGAAGUAAACGAGACGUUUAUUUUAUUUUAGUUCAUUUAUUUAUUUAUUAGUUUUGUUAAUUUUUGAUUUAAUAGAAAAGGGUGUGAGUGUCUCUUUUAAGAACGCUCUAAAAAAAGGGCAGUUCAUAUGUUCAGGUUUUUGGGGGAUUUUGAGAAAGGAGUUGUCACUUUGUAAAUAUGUAUAACUAAUGUAAAAGACGUGAGACAUGUAUUUGGAACUGACCUCGAUUUGAAAUAUUUGUAAGUAGGACUUAUCAAUCAACAAACCGAAUCAUGUCAUUUGAACCCUAAAAAGUUUUAGAUGACUUGCUUGGUUAAUGGCACAAACUAAAUUGUCAUUUUACAAAUCUACAUGGUGUAAAUUUAGGCACUAUUAACCCAUUUUGGCAAGAAAUUCUCAAAACAUUACCGUCUUAGUUUAUCAAGCUUUCCCCCAUGCAAUUUGCCCCAUUGUUAUGGAGCAAUAGAUAAAUAAAUACUCUUAUACUGUCAGCCUUGAAAGUAAGUACAAUCAACCUUGACCUUUGACACAGUCAACCUUGACCUCUUGCUAUAGGGAACCUUGACCCAAAUAUGUAUUUAUAGUAGUAUAUGUAAAAAGAAAACAUGGAGUAUGUAUAUUGUAUGCUCCACUCAACAUUUCUCUUUAUUUACAUUUAUAUCUCCUAGAAAAUAUGUAUAUUUGUUGUUAUAUUCACUUAUUUAAUCAGUAGGUAUGUUAUUACUUGGACCCUCUCAGCAGCAGUGAGAUGCAUUUGUGCAAUAAACUGAAAUGGGGAUGUUAAAUAGGUGCUAGAGAGAUUUUCAAAGGUUAGACUGAAGUGAGUCGGGGGUUUGGAAUAUGUGGUUAGUCACUGUUUAUCCUAAAUACCCAAACAGUGCAACUCUCUCUCUCUCUCUUUGAAUGAUGUCAAUUUUAAGUGUGCACAUGAAUGUUAGUUUGAGUGCUAAUUGGGCAAUUUUUACUGACAUGACAUCGAACCAAAAUUGCUCUGUACCGAGGAUAUAUGUAUGUGUGUGUAGGCUUGCCUUAUAGAAAUUGUAUGAAUUUUUCAGAUGGAAAAGUCAAAAUUCAAUGUCUCUGCACUGAAAAAGUCAACUGUGGAUAAAUCUCUCUGCUACUGGUUGGGGGUGCAAGUAUUACAUUUGUAAACUUCACUUUUAGUUUUCAUGAUAAAGAAUAGUGUUUAGGUAAAUUUUAUAUCCUCAGAAAAUGCCACAUUAUUUUGAGUUUCUCAUUUAAUUUCGUGAUUAAUUUGCUUGUAAAUUAUUAAAGUCAAACGGAAAUGGAAAUGAAUAACGACUAGGAGUGCUUUACCAAUAUUUUAGUUGAUUUCCUUUUUUUACUUUUGGCAUUUCUGAGUUUUAAAUGAAAUAAAACUCAACCAAAGUAUAAUUGC